CACACUGGUAGCGCACCCAUCACAAUACUACAGUAGCGCACGACAAAUCCGUACACAACAUUUUGUUGCAUUCUUCUGAAUACCUGAACAUGAGGAACACACGGAACAUCUGACAUACAGACCCACGUUGCGCUUGAAUCAGGAAGAGAGGUGGUGAUUUCCAUCUCCAUUCUGCGGAUGAUUUGUUUGUAUUGAGCAGUUAUCUCCUCAUUUGCAAAUGUGACGAGUGGAAUGAGCUAUUUUUACACUUUGGUCGUUUCCACUGCAGCAUGGGAACUGCCGUGUCCAAGAAGAAGAAUUUAAGGAAUGAUGCGAUUUCUUCUGUUGCCGCAAAAGUUAGAGCAGCUCGAGCAUUUGGAGAAUACCUUUCUCACACUCACCCAGAAAACCACAGCGGAUCAGAUCAUUUGCUAUCUGACACCAUCACUGGUCAAGACAAAGAGUCCUCGGACAUUAGCAGUCUGAACAACAAAAUUAGCCUUCAGCCAUACUCCCAUCACACUCUUAUGGUCAAGCCAUUUCAAGAAAAUAUUCCACCAGUCUGCCAGUCUGCCCCUCUUCUGACCAGUUCCAAGCGUUGUCUCUCAGUCGAGUGCAGCCUCUCCUCUGAGGACCAGCAGCAUCACAGGUGUGUAGAGAACUCUUUGAAACCAGCACGUGUCUACACCAUUACCAGAGAACGAGAUAUGCUUGGGGGGCUGGGAAGCGAAGAGAGUUUGGAACUAGAGGUGCUAAAAAGAACCACAGAGCCACCACAAGCCAAUGCUCCCUCCAAUUUACAUGGCAGCCAGCAUCGAGGAAGCCAUCACUGUGGAAACAACGGCCACAUCCACCAGCAUCACUAUGGUCAAGCCCCUGUGACACAACCUUUUCAGAGCUCACGGAGCACUCAUAACGUCCGGGACUGGGGAUCAAGUCGGAGCAGGUCGAGGGAGGACUGCACCCCAGAUUGUGUGGCCUGCAUUCGGCCACACUGCCAGAGCCAGCGCUCUUUGGACCUUGAUAACUCAACUCAUGAUAGUGGCAAGCAGCACAAGAAGCUGGAGAGGAUGUACAGUGAAGACCAUGUGCCCUCUGAGGACAGAGAUGAUCAUGCCAAUAGCUGGUUCCCUAAAGAGAACAUGUUCAGCUUCCAGACUGCAACCACCACAAUGCAAGCAAACUUCCGGAAGCACCUGAGGAUGGUGGGCAGCAAGAGGGUCAAGGCCCACACAUUCGCUGAUCGCAAAACGAAGAGUUUCAGCCGCUCCUGGAGUGACCCCACUCCUGUCAAGCCUGACUCUCUCCAUGACUCCAGAGACAGUGGAGACCUCCAGACAUUGUCUGGCAAUCUGGAUGAAGCAGACUGUGAUGAUGUGGACUGGGAGGAAGAAAGGGAGAUGGAAAGAGCAGCUUGCGAGGGCGAUGACUUCAUUCCACCCAAAAUUAUGCUAAUUUCAUCGAAAGUACCAAAGGCAGAAUACGUUCCCAACAUCAUCCGCCGGAACGACCCCUCCAUAAUCCCUAUUCUCUAUGAUCACGAACACGCCACUUUUGAUGAUAUACUAGAGGAGAUUGAAAAGAAACUAACCGCCUACAGAAAAGGCUGCAAAAUCUGGAACAUGCUUAUCUUCUGUCAGGGAGGUCCAGGUCAUUUGUACCUAUUGAAGAACAAGGUGGCCACAUUUGCUAAAGUUGAGAAGGAGGAAGACAUGAUACAGUUCUGGAGGAGACUUGGCAAAUUCAUGAGUUUAUUAAAUCCCGAGCCUAACCUCAUCCAUGUCAUGGGCUGCUACGUGCUUGGCAAUGCUAAUGGAGAAAAGCUUUUUCAAAACCUCAAGCGACUGAUGAAACCUCAUGCCAUUGCGUUUAAGUCUCCUCUGGAACUGUCAGCACAGGGUAAGGAGAUGAUCGAGAUGUACUUUGACUUCCGUCUCUACCGCUUGUGGAAAAGCCGUCAGCACUCCAAACUCCUCGACUACGAUGACCUUCUGUGACAUUAUAUAGUUGGUUUAAGCAGCCCAAGAGGCAGGUAGCUUACUUUAGGGCCCACGUGGCAACGUUCCCUCCCAAGAAAGCCUAGGCAGAAAUGUCCAAAGGUGGAGAAGGGAGACUAAGGAAGAUGAGGUUGAGGAUGAAGAUGGUUAACAUUGCAAAGAUGCUUGAAACCUCUGCCCUCAGAUGUACAGAGAGGCGAAGCAGCCACUACUGUUAGGUGCUGUGUGUUCACCCCCAUCCAUUUAGGCUUAAAGCCUCUCAGAGAAAGAGGAACAUUUGAUAGAUUUCAUGGUCUUUUAGCCUGUGUGAAGGUUUAGAAUGUAAUGUUCAAUUUCUAUGAGAGCUGAAAAAGCUGUAAUAAGAAAAUGGAAAAGUAGGGACAGAUACUUUUUCUAUAUUUGAGUAGCCGUGUUUGUGGUAAACUAGCAGGGACAGUGAUGCAAAGGCUAUGUUUUAAACAGGUCUUGAGAUUAAUAUUUAAUUCACUAAGAGUACAGGAGAAACUGGAACUACUUGUUUGUUGUAUUUACAUAUCCAAUCUAACUCUAUAGAAUACCUACUGUCAUUUAUUUUUCACCUAAUUAUAUUUUACAGUUUUCAUUUUUAAACUAUGGUGUUUUCUGUUUAUAAUUGUUUAGAGGGGGGAAAAAGAACUCAGGUUUCAUUAAUCUCACUGACCUCCCUCUGUAAUGUACUUUCUGUAAGAAGAAAGAAGAAACAGUGGAAAAAGAAAUAUAUAUUUUUUUCAAAAAUAAUGAUUGAGUUACCUAAAAGGGGUUAAAAUAACAUUCACAAUAUCUGUAUCUGGGGAUUUGUGUGUGUUUAGGUGUUUUAAGACUUCUUUAGGUUUAUUUUAUUUUACCAGUGUCAAAAAUUAUUUAUGUGUAUCAUUAAGGCACGUGUAGACAUAGCGUGCUAUAGAGCGGCAGAUUUUGUCUUGUGGUAUCUUCCUACUUUUAGCUCCAGAUAACACCUUUUCAAAAUUUCUAGUAUCUUAAGCACACAUUAGAUUCAGGAAACCACUUAUUAAAUAUAGACAGAAGUACACAAUGAAUUUCUCUCAGAUUGUAUCAUAUUUGUUUUGUAUUUCUCUGGCUGUGUUUUGUCAUAAGCGUCUGUGUGCAUUUAACGUGUUAUGAUGUUAUGAGCUAUACACAAGUUCUUUGUUCUUUGAUAUAGCAGGCAACAUUAUUAUGUGCAGGAUAACUCAACUGAUAGGUUUUUUCAUACAUUUCAUGAGUUAAAGUGCAAUUGUAUCUGCAAUAUUUUUCUUUGAAUUGUAAGUAGUACUGAAUGUUACAGUGAUCAUGUUUUAAAUAUAAAAAUUAGAUUUUCACACAUACUUUCCACUUAAAAAAAACUAUAUAGGAUUGUACACUUAGCCUUUAAAGCAAUACUCUGGCAAGGAAAAUGUUCUCAAAACUCUCUAUUUGGUGUGUGGGUGCAUUUUGGAUGCUUCAAAUAGAUAAACAGAUAUAUUGGAAGAUAGUUGUACUUUAAUGAUCAUGCCAUUAGUAGUUGUCCAAGUGCAAAACAGUAGUGGCUUGUACAUAAAGUUCAAGGCAUUACAUAGAAUGCUGCCAGAUACAAAAUGUGCAAUGUGGUUACUCCUUGCUGGGUUAGCAACUGUGGAAUGAGAAGGUAUUGUUAUAUAUGGUGGCAGCCAUCAGAAAAUAUACCCAAUAUCACUUUUUAGAACAAAAUAAACUGGUGUCCGUAAGUGCCCUCAAGUUGUGGAGAGAGAAUGUGCAGAAUUAAACGUAUAUGUGUGUCUGAGUAUGAGAGAUGUGCAAAAUGGCAAUGAGAUGUGAAGGAUGGAUCUGUGUUUGCCCCCAUGUUGAUCCAUCACACUCUUUUCAUCUAUGGUCACUCAUGCAGACAUCCAGAUAAUCAAAUAAAGCACAAGAGCAUAUUUAUGUAUCUAGGGCCAUCAGGGGGAAUGGAAUGUGUUACAACAGCUCAAUUUCUGAGGAAAUCAGAGAUUUGUUUCAUUACUGUAUAUCAAAUUCAUUAUAUACCAUAACAAAGUAGAUUGUAUAUACACUAUAUAUAGGUAUAGAUAUAGAGUAUAGAUAGAUAGAUAGAUAGAUAUUUACAGUAUAUAUAUAUGAAAAUGUAUAGAGAUGAUAUGAGGACAUAGAAC